AUGGGCCAACCCUCCGCUGCGGCGUCCAACGCCGUCAUUUACGUGACUUAUGGACUCUUCCUCAUCACCGGCACUGCGAUUGCGUGGAAGUUCCGCAACCAGUCCAAGGGAGAGUUCCUGUCUGGAAACAGGACUCAGACGGCCUUCCCCUUGGCCCUGAACUUCAUCGCUUCUGCCCUCGGCUCCGGAAUUCUCUUCGCCUACCCCGAGCUCGCCACCAUCACGGGCAUCCAGGGCGUCAUGGUCUACGCCCUCUCUUCCUCGCUGCCGCUCCUCAUAUUCGCCGUCCUGGGCCCCAUCAUCCGCCGCAAGACGCCCGAAGGCUUCGUCCUCACGGCCUGGACCCGCCAGCGCUACGGCACCGUCGCCAUGCUGUACCUCAGCUUCAUGACCCUCGUCACUCUGUUCCUGUACAUGGUCGCCGAGCUGUCCGCCAUCGGCCAGGUCGUCAACGCCCUUACGAGCCUGGACGGUCUGCCCGUCAUGAUCGUGCAGUGCGUCAUCACCACCAUCUACACAUCCCUCGGCGGGUUCCGCAUCUCCUUCCUGACGGACAAUCUCCAGGGCGCCAUGGUCGUCUGCCUUAUCAUAAUCGUCGCCAUCACCAUGGGCGUCAAGACGGACAUCGAUACGUCCCUCAUCGAGACGUCGGGCCUCCUGAAGCCCACCCUCCUCGGCUGGCAGCUGCUCUACAUCCUGCCCAUCUGCAUCCUCACAAACGACUUUUUCCUCUCCGGGUUCUGGCUGCGGACCUUCGCCUCCAAAACGGAUAAGGACCUGCGCGUCGGCGUCUCCAUCGCCGUCGUUGUCAUCCUCUGCAUCCUCACCAUGGUCGGCGUCACGGGCCUCGUCGCCGCCUGGUCCGGCGCCCUGCCGCUCGACCAGAUUUCCGAGAGCGGCUCCGUCGCCUUCUUCCUGCUGCUGCAGCGCAUGCCCGCCUGGGUCGUCGGCAUCGUCCUCGUCAUGGUCUGCACCCUGUCCACCGCGGCUUUUGACACCCUGCAGUCCGCCAUGGUCUCCUCGGCCUCCAACGACCUGUUCCGCAACAGGCUCAACAUCUGGUGGAUCCGCGCCGGCGUCGUCGUUAUCAUCGUCCCCACCGUCGUCAUCGCCCUCAAGGCCCCCUCGGUGCUGCAGAUCUACCUCAUCUCCGACCUUGUCUCUGCCUCAGUCAUCCCCGUCCUGGUCUUCGGCCUCACCGACCGCUUCUACUGGUGGCGCGGUUUCGAGGUCGUCACCGGCGGCCUCGGCGGCAUCCUGACCGUCUUCCUCUUCGGCCUCGUUUACUACGACGGCGACGCCCAGAAAGCCGGCAACCUGCUGAUCAUCUCCGAGGGCCUGUACGCCAACGACUGGAGCGUCUUCGGCGCCUUCGUCGCCGCGCCCGUUGGCAGCUUCCUGUGGGGGUUCGCAGCGCUCGGGUGCCGCCUGGGCUUCCAGUACGCCAUGGCCAAGAAGAGUGGCCGCCGCUUCGACGCUCUCGACCGUCCCAUCGGCCCCGGCUUCACCCCCGAGGCGGACGGCGCUCCUCGAUACGUCGAGAGGGACGAGUACGAGGCCACCUCGGACGUCGAGGUCGUCAAGCCCGCGGGCAAGUUCUUUUAA